CAGAGUGCGACACCCAGAAAUGUCCCGUCAUUUUCAUAGAUUUUUCCCAGAUCUGAAGGUGGAUCAUUGAGUUAGAUUUCUUCCCCAGAUCGGUUGAGUAACGGUCAUGGCGGAUGAACACUUGGCAGUGUCCACGGCUUUGGAGAACUUGCGGGCAAUCCAGUCCGUAAUCGACGGCCGAAUUUCCAGUUUGGAUGGAUUGCGGAAGCUGGGAUCCAGCGACUACACGCAACAUGAAAUUAAAACUGUUGAGGGCAAACUGGUGCAGCUAUUCGGAAGGCAGUUGGCAAUCAAACAAAGAGUCAAGAACAAUGGCUACUACAUGGACAAUGAGUUAAACCAGUUCCCUAAUCUACGACAAUGGUUGCAUGUUGUAGACAUACAAGGAAACGCAGUAGAGAAAAUGUUGGACAAGUUACAGGACCUAUCAGCCCUGUUGGACAUGGCGGAACCAGACAUCAGGUCGCUGGGCGUCCACUGCGACUGUGAUGAGAAGUUAACAAGGAGGCUUCUAGCUUCCAGCAAAAACCUAAAGAAAGCUUUCAAAGUCUUCUCCAUGGUCCUCCCUAAAGCAUCUCAACUCCAAGGAGGAGGUACCACCAACCUCCAGGAUGUCUCCGACAGGGAACCAGACUCUAGCUCCUACACCUCCAACAGCCCGGAGAGCGUCAGCCCCCAACAAAAACGAACCUCCACCUCGUCCAUCGGCUCAGCAUCAUCCGAACCUCUUUGUAUCCGCGUCCCUAUCACGCCCCCGUACAACAUAGAAACCUACCAGAGAAACUUAUAUACAGUCACCCCGCCCCAAACGCCAAAACAAUGGGGGAAGAACAAAACAAAAGGGACCCCUCCGCCCAAUAAGAGAAUGAUAACGGUCAACUUGGCCCCGCCUGAUACUCAACUGAAGAGGUGUAAAUCGACUGAAGCUUCUUUGCCGAAUAAGAUUGAUAUUGAAAUCGGUGGCUCCUUGUCAAGAAUAAAAGGUAGUAAGAUUCCUGCGGCACUCAAGAAACAGAGCUCAGGAGGAAGCUGCGAGGCGAAUCUCAAUUAUUCUCGCCGGUUUUCCGAGGACACAAUGGACAGCAGUCGAACAUCUCCACAAAAGGGUUCACCUGGUCGAUACAACUCUGUGUGCGCUUUUGAGGGAAAAGCCAAAUCUCCACCAUCAUUGGUGAGAUCCAUUCAUAAACAGCACUCCACACCAAAUGGAGCCAUCCUGACUGCGUAUAGCAAAUCCGAGACUAAUUUAAAACAAGAUACUCUCGCUGUACCCCCUCGCUCACCUAGAACCCCCCGUAGCAACAUGGUACAUUCCAUAAAGCACCGGUUUAGCAAAAAGAAAUUCUUCCCUCCUCAAAACUGUGAUUACUGCCACAAGAUUAUGCUGAAUGGCUACAAAUGUAAAGAUUGCAGAUAUGUCUGUCACAAUAAGUGCCAACCCAACGCUGAGAAGGUACACUCCUGUGGAUUACCUCCAGGAUAUGAGAAGAUUUUUAAAGACUCGUAUGAGAAUAAAUAUGGAGGAAGUGGAACCCAGUCGCCUCUACUCAGCAGAAGGACAGCACACUCUGAAGCAAGUUUGACGUUACCCGGUCAGGACCACCGUUACCCCCCGUCAAUGCCAGCGUUCUCACUCGGGGAAUCCAGCUCCAACCCAUCCUCAACAAACUCAUCUACUUCAUCUAGCCCGGUGCCGUUCACUGCCUCCUCCUCAAGUACAACUCCGCCCACUCCGGCACACCCUUCUCCAUCACCGCACAUGGAGUGCAAGCCCCAGUUUCAAUUCCCAGAUGUAGCACCAAAUGGCCUUCUGAACCCACACUUUGAUACAUACAGGGAUUCUAUCCAUGCCUCUAUCAACAGUGACAGGACAAUCACAGUGGAUUCUCAUAACUCAAAUGAUUCCCAUGAUCCUUUUACAGACUCAGAGAGAACUUUACCCGAAAAGGUAGAAUACAUUGACGAUGUGGAUAUGACAGACCAAGUCUUACAUCGGAAAAACAGUGCAAAGUCAAACGUGUUAUCAGAAUGGGAAAUUCCCCCAGACCAGCUUGUCAUCCAAGAUCUUGUAGGCACAGGACGAUUCGGACCUGUUUAUAAGGGCAAAUGGCACGGAGAAGUUGCAGUCAAGAUGCUUAAUAUAGAUAUGAACGAUGAUGAACAACUACAAGCCUUCAAAACAGAGGUGUCGCAGUUCAAGAAAACCAGGCAUGACUACGUUGUACUGUUCAUGGGAACGUACCUGAAGCCACCAAACUUAGCAAUUGUUACAAGUUUAUGCACAGGGAAUACACUCUACACGAGUAUACAUCAAAGAAACAUUCGUUUUGGAAUGAACAGGACAGUUGCCAUAGCAACACAAAUUGCUCAGGGUAUGGGUUACCUUCAUGCUAAGGGCAUUAUACACAAGGAUCUCAAGUCUAAGAAUAUCUUUCUUGAGAGGGGCAAAGUGGUCAUCACUGACUUUGCUCUCUUUAGCAUUAUGAGACUCUCCAGAGAAAACAGGCGACCUAAUGUAAUGAUCAUCCCAGAUGGUUGGUUAUGCUACCUCGGUCCUGAGCUGAUUCGAUCCCUACGUGUUGACGCUAAUGGUAGUUCAGAUAGAGAGUUGCCAUUCUCAACUAUGUCCGAUGUCUACGCGUUUGGCACAAUAUGGUAUGAGCUACUGGCUGGUGACUUACCAUUUCACAAACAGGCAGCAGAGUCCAUUAUCUGGCGGGUAGGGAAGGGUAUUAAGCAACCCCUCAGCAGUCUGCAGGCUUCUAGAGAUGUCAAGGAUAUUUUAAUGGUGUGCUGGAACUACAACCCAGAGAAACGACAGGAAUUUACGGACAUUAUAAAAGUCCUGAACAGACUGCCCAAGAAAAGAGGCGGUCUUCACAGAAGCCCCUCCCACCCACUCCACUUAUCUCGCUCAGCGGAGUCCGUGUUAUAGCGCCCUUUAUAGCCCCUGGUGGAGGAAUCUCCUUCAGCGACUUGGAACUCUUAUCUGCCUGGGAGCAGUCGUUUCUGGUGCAAUUCUCGGAGUCCCGUUCACUUCUGCGGCCAUCUUGGGUUUGUUCUUGGAAGAUGUAGCAUGUUAAAUAAUUAAGUGAAUUUCUUCAUGGAUAGGACAUCCAAUAAAAUUUCAGCCCUGAUUUCGGAAACCUUUGUUUCCGGUCUUCAGUUUGUGGUUGCUUGAUUCCUUGCCCUGAACUGCGAUUUUCAGAAAAUUACUAUCUUGCAAAAAAAAAGUUAGUGGCCUUACGUUUCAAUAGUAGGCUUUCUCAAAGGCUGAAUGACAACACAGCAAACAUGAACAGGAUUACUGGGAUCGAUUUUACAAAGAGUUAAGACUAGUCUUAUCUCAAGUUAGGACGAGUUACUCGACCUAACUUAGGACUAGCCUUAAGGUCUUAAUAACUCCUAAAGAAUUCUAGGACUAUCUUUGUGAAAUCGACCACUGGUGUAACAAAAGCAGUUAAGUGGAAAAGGUGGAUAGAGAUGAAAGCACACAGAGAAAGCAGGGGAUGAACAAAGAGGAGGGCAACCAAAAAGGGGCGUUUUCAACCAUAGGAGGUAGGGAACACAUACAAAAUACGAUCUCAAGAUGAUUUAUGAAAACCCUUCAAGCAGAUAGUGAAAUACUGGGAACAACUUUCAACCAUGUGUACAAAUUCUAAAAGUUUCGAAGUGGGAACUUCUCGGUCUAUAAUCACAACUGUGUUUCAACAUUAAAUUUAUCCAUUUACUCUCUUUUUUGUCAUACAUAAUGUUUAUUCAUUAAUCGUCACAAUACCCCCAAAUAUCUCAGUGGCAUGCUUUGUAAAAUAACUUUAAACUGCGGCUGGCUCUGCUAUUUUUUACAAGGAUUUGUUUGUUUCCCUCCCGAUUUUUAAAGUGGAGGUACAUAAAAUAAAAAUUCCAUCUGUGCAUUUUAAGUUAAGCUGAUGUGCUCAUACCAAAAUUGUUGCAUCAUUUGUUGUUGGUUGAAAGCUGACAAAAAAUCAUCAUUUUGAUGUUUGUGGUGCAAAUUUCUUUCAUAAUACAAUUAUGGGUUAUUGGAAAGGAAAUGUUCUGACAAACCUUAAAAUGAACUUUGUGAAAGGGAAAAUAUACUUGUGAAAUGGAAAAUAUACUGUAAAUUACUUUUACUCUUAAGCAAUUUUAAUAUAUUGGUAUGAAAAUAUUGCUGAUAGUUUUUUAUAUUUAACUUUUAACUAUUUCAAGAUUUGGAUGGACUUUUUUCUUUUGUUAUGGGAGAUGUCCCUUUAGGAGGGAAGAAAGCCCAAGUUCAUGAAGAUGAAAUUCAAUGUGUUUUUUUUUAAUACAGGUUAUUUAUUUUGAAAAAUAUGCAAAUUUAAAAGGCUGAGGAUGCACAAUCAUGUUUAAGUUAUUGUCUUUUGUUGAUUUCAUUAUUCCAGAGAAAUGUUGUCUUUGUUUUCAAUUCUAGUUAUCAUUACAUUUUCUCCCAAAGAGCCAUUUGCAUAGUAUAUGUUUUACUUCAUAGCUUUACAAGUCACAGGCUUUUGCUGUUUUGCAGUAAUUUAAACCCUUGUUUGAUUGGACCAUACGGUAAUUCUUUUUACAUUUCAUCAAAUUAUGGAUUUCAAGAAUCUAUAACACAUUUCAAGAUCAGUUUUUUAUUCAAACUUCAGAUUAAGGUAAUAUUCCGGUGAUUGUCACAAGUUAAAGACACUGGACACUAUUGGUAAUUGUCAAAGACUAGUCUUCACAGUUGGUGUAUCUCAACAUGCA